CGGUGUGUCUGUUUCCGGAACUAAACACACGUAUCCUGAUCCCACACAAACACACACGUGUGAGAAGCUGGCGACUGGUGUACGCACUCUUCUGGGUCUCACCAAGUACAGUGCCUAUGCGAAGCGGUUCUCCAUCAAGAAGUAUCUACGAGUGCUUGGCAGCUGGGAGCCGAGUGUUUCCCAGCAUCUAGGCAAGGUCCACACGUCUGUCUUGUUUCCUCAGUUCCAUAAACCCUUUGCACUGAUGGCUGAGGCAGAGUCCAUACCUGUCUCUGCCCUCCAUGCCGGAGAAAAGAGAGGAUGUCCAGAGAACAAGGAGGAUGACACACCCUCAAAGAAGCCAAGAGUUGAGAGUGACCGUGAAAAUGGGGGUCCUCCCAAUCAGGCUGAGGAGGAAGAGCCUGAGGGUGAGGCAAGUGAUGGAGAGGAGGAUGGGGAGACCUUUGCUGACAUGAUGAAGCACGGCCUGACUGAGGUGGAUGUGGGCAUCCUGAAGUAUGUCAGUGACCAUAAGGGCUUCUCAGGAAUCCUAAAGGAAAGAUAUUCUGAUUUUGUGGUUCAUGAAAUCAACAAAACAGGCAAGACAGUGCAUUUAGAUGACCUGUCUAUUCCUGCAGAUGUUGAGGAAGCCCCAGUAGUAGCUCAACCGCAGGAGUGUGACGUUCUGACUGAUGAGCAGAAACAGCAGCUCGGGGAACUGCAGCUCUUUAAGAAUAAGGAGGACAGCGUUUCUAUUGAGGUGAUGGAGGAUACAAAGGAGAAACGGACACUAGUUCAUAAAGCCAUCAAGACUCAGUUUCCUGGUUUGGAAACAAAGACAGAAGAUAAAGACGGUCGCAAGUUCAUAGUGGCGUACCAUGCUGCAGGGAAGAAGGCUCUAGCAGAGAUCAAAACAACAGCAGCACCAAGGAAACAUUUCUGGCCCAAAAACCGUGGUAGUUUCUGUCACUUUGUCCUGUACAAGGAGAACAAGGACACCAUGGAUGCUAUCAAUGUGCUUUCAAAGUUCCUAAGGCUUCGACCCAAUAUGUUUUCUUACAUGGGUACCAAGGACAAAAGAGCUAUCACAGUGCAGGAGAUUGCUGUGCUGAAGAUCACAGCAGAGAGGCUGGCUCACCUCAACAAGUGCCUCAUGAACCUCAAGCUUGGAAACUUUUGCUACAAAAAUCACCCUCUUAAACUGGGGGAGCUACAAGGCAACCACUUCACUGUCGUCCUUCGAAAUAUCUCAGGAACAGAUGAGCAGGUUCAUCAGGCCAUGACAUCCCUUAGACAAACCGGUUUCAUCAACUAUUAUGGCAUGCAGCGCUUCGGCACCACAGCUGUGCCUACACAGCAAGUUGGCAGGGCCAUCCUGAAAAAUGACUGGAAUGAAGUUGUAGAUUUGAUCCUUAAACCUCGUCCUGGAGCGGAGAAAGAAUACUUGGUUCGCUGCAGAGAGGAGUGGGCAAAGUCUCAGGACCCAGAGGCAGCCUUGAAAAAGCUGCCUAACAAACGCUGUGUGGAGGGACAGCUGCUGCGAGGCCUCUCCAUGCAUGGCAAGAAGAGCAUCGUCACUGCAUUCAGUCUGAUCCCCCGAAACAACCGCCUAAUGUAUAUUCACAGCUACCAGAGUGUGGUCUGGAACACCAUGGUCAGCAGGAGGAUCGAGGCCUUUGGUCUAAAAGCUGUAGAAGGCGACCUGGUGCUCAGAGGAACCACAGCACACGUACUGUCUGCAGAGGAGGCUGAGAACCACUCCAUCCAUGACAUUGUGAUGCCCCUGCCCGGGUAUGACGUCAUCUACCCUUCACACCAUGUGGGUAAAGGGUACAGGGAGAUGCUGUCUGCAGAUGGGCUGGACAUCGACAACAUGAGACACAAAGUGAAGGACUACUCCCUGGCGGGGGCCUAUAGACGGAUCAUCAUCAGACCCAGUGAUGUCAGCUGGGAGGUGAUUCAUUAUGAUGACCCCAGGAUUUCUCUGGUGCACAAUGACUUUGAAAAGCUAGAGAACAAACCUGCUCCUGUCUUUAACAAAGAAGGGAAGUAUCGAGCUCUGCGGAUGGAGUUCUCCUUGCCUCCUUCAUCCUAUGCUACGAUGGCAAUCCGAGAGGUCCUCAAGUUGGACACUAGCAUCAAGAAGCAGACGCAGCUGAACACCACCUGGUUCAACUGAGACCAAAACCCAUUCUGGUGUAGACUAGACUGCUCCUGCAGGCUUUAAAGCACAGCACCUGUCCACUGUGGCUAUUUACUGUAGUGAGUCUUUAACAUAAAUGUAAUGUGUGUGGGAGCCUGAAGCAAAUCUGUUUGUAGUGCAAAGAGCAGCAAUUUAUUAGAUU